AUGCAUGUGCAUAAAUCUUCCUUAUCAAUAAAAAUAAAAAAUUUAUUGGAGCCAAGAGGAUUUAAAGUUAAGCCCUUAUACUCUACCGAACAAUAUUCUACUAUUGAAGUCUCUUUCGAAGGAUUCCUUCGUAAUCUUAUUAUUUGGAAUAAAGAAAUUUCUAAUAGCAAUGAUUAUCUUGAGCUAUACCAAAUAGCUUCAAAGUUUAGAAAAGAAACAAAGAAAAGUCUUAAAAACAAUAUGUCAUAUUUAAGCGAAUAUGAGAUACUUGACGAUCUAAAAGAAGAAUAUUUCGAUUUUUAUGCUAAUGCUAAAAAUAUAAAAGACGACAUAAAACUUAUAUUUGUACCUUACAUGACAACAAGUACGCUUGGUCUUAAAAAAUCUAUAAUUGAAUAUAAUUAUAUAUUAUUUACCCAAAGACUAAAGAAGUGUCUUGAAAACUUUACUCAAAAUUAA